AUGACCCCCCGGUCCGAUCCUGUUUUCACGGAUUUGACUAACUUUCCAGUUGAGUCCAGCCUCUACUAUACUCCUGACUCUGUAAAUCUCACUAAUUCUUCAAUUCUCUGGGAGAACUACUACAAGAGUCUUUCUGAAUUCCAGCAUUCGUGGGCCUACCAUGCUCCGCCAGCGACUCACUUUCUGCCUACGCCUUCUGGAUCCCCGUACUCUGCUGCUACGUCACCGUCAUUCCCUUCUCCGCCGGUCACUUAUGCUCCAAUCUCUCCAGCUCCUACGCCCUCCGGUCCUGUUCUCCCGGACACAAUACUUGAAAGGCCAAUCAAAUCGUGUACACACUGUGGUUCAAUUGAAUCGAAAAAGUGGAAGAAUGUGAGGACCAACAUGAUUUGCUUGUAAGUUUGACCCUUCCCCUUCCAAACCAUAAUAGUUUUCAUUUUCAGAACCUGCUUUGUCUACGAACGGAAAUACAAGAAACAGCGGCCAUUGGAUGCAAUCAACAAGUACAACGCGAGGAAAGUGCAGAAGGAAAGAGGCGCUCAGGUAACUCGCUCAUCUCCAUACUAACUUCUAUUUCUGUCUUUUCAUGUAUAUUUUCAACCCGGUUAAGCUUUUCAUGUACUCUUCUCUUUCUUAUAUUCGUAAAAGUCAAAUAAAUUGCUAAGACAUAAUGCUGUUCCAUAUUCGUUUUCAAUUGCACAAAACUGUUCUAACUGAACUCAUAAUGAACUCAUUCCCAAAAAAUCAAGUGAAAUGAAUCAGUAUUCAUCCGACGGCACGCAUCUGAAGUCUCAGAACAGCCAAGAAGCGCGCGGACGGCGGCGCGCUCUCCAGGUUUCUUCUGUGCGCCAAAACUUCCGAUGCUUGCCGCCGGACGAGUACUGAUUCAUUUCAUUUGAUUUUUUCGGAGCGAGUUUAUUGUGAUGUAAACUAACAAAGAGACACAAAAAGCACGCACGAGCAGCCACUUUUCGAAAAAAAGCUAUUUUCCCAGUGACCUAUAGACAUUUUUGCGAGUUUCUUGUUGCUCUUUGUUAGUUUUGAUCAUAAUGAACGCAUUCACUAUGACAACGGAUAAGAUGAAUCAGUUUUCAUCCGACGGCACGCAUCUGAAGUCCCUGGAACGCUGCAUCUGAGACUUCGUGGACGACCUGCUCUCGCUCGGCCUGCGGAUAUGCUCAAUUUUCAGUGCUUUCCUUGUUUUCUCUAUGUCGGCGUAACUUUUUAACGUGAAAUUUUUGUUUCAGUCUGCACCAUCGACUGCCGAACGGCCGUCGAAUUUUCAGGCAAAUUCCAACGGCUCUCCCUCGGGGCAAGUACCUGAACGGCGUAGAACGGCGAUGGCCGCGGGAUCAGGAGCUAGAAACCUCCGCGAGACCCCAAAGAGAAAUCACCGUGCGUGAGAAUGGGAAGCGUUGCACGUCUUCAGGAUACGUUAUCCAUGAGAAACAUUAAAAACGUGACCAAACUGAAUCACUCUACAACCGUUUAUAUACAGAUUAGAGUUCAAUUGAAUUCAGUUUUCAAUUUGUUUUUAGUUUUCAUACCGGUAAUCCAUUGCAUCGGAAACAUAAAGGUGAGCUUUGGGACGCCUUCAGAUCUAGAGAAAUGCCUGUAUUCAGAGGAUGGAUAAUGAUAGCAGCGAUCGGAAUGGAAAACCGCCGACUAACGGGUAACAUUUCCGAACGAGCUAUUCAGACAAAUCCGAUUGUUACAGUUCGGCAGAAGAGUUGAAAGAAAAGAAUCCGUCUCUGAAAAAGGGGAAAUCAGCCGAGCUUCCCGCCCAUCUUCGUCCCAAGUUCACGAUGAAAAACAGACGACCCGGCAAGAAGAAGAAGAUAUCGACAAAAUCUUGUUCGAAAGAGUCGUCGAGGGAAGAGGAAGUGUCGGCGAAGUCUCCGGCUCCAGAAGCCGAGAAAAUAGAAGAUGAAGAUGAUAAACCGUCGGUGGAGAAGAUGGAGGAGGAAGGAGAAGUAGUAAAAGUGGAAUUGGAGAAGGAGAAGGAAAAAGAGAAGGAAAGAGAGAAGGAAAAAGAAAAGGAAAAAGAAGAGGAAGAGCAGAAGGAGCCGGUGGCCGGAGACUUCGAACAGAAGCCGCCGGAGCAGAACAGUGAUCGCGAGAAUUCGAAAGCGGUAGGAAUGAAAGAAGGACGAGGAUUCAGAUGAAUGUGUUGCAGGAACGGAAGAAGAUUGUGAAAGUGGAGAAAGAAAAGAGUGCGAUGAAUGUAAUGGCAAAGUUUGUUGACGAUAAGAGCGAAGAGAAAAGAAAGAAAGAAAAGGAGAAAGAAAAGGCACAAACGUUGAAUUUCUGGGAGAAAACGGAGAAGAAGAGAGAGGAAGAAAGAAGGAAAACGGAAGGAUCGAAGAGGAAAAAGAGCAAUCGGAAGAAGGAGAGUCCGCGAAAGCAGCCUUCGAAACGGAGAAAGAAAGUGAAAAAGGACGCAACGGUAAGGGACCCUCUGAAUCAGUCUCAAUCAUCCCUUUUCCGAUUCAGAAUAGUGUCCACCAUCCCCUGUCGAAUACCGAGCGAUCUGCCGAUUCGGCUCCUCCUCCGGCUCCAACUCAAUCUCCAGGUCUACCGACCACUCAGUCUGCCCAACAAGGUACGAAAACAGCUCCGAAGAAGGAGAAGCCGAAAGCCGAGAACGUGAAGAUGGUCAACACGACGAAGACGCAAAAGAAGAAGCCGAGUUUCUUCAAGGCGAUAAUCGAUAAGACCAAGUUCUGGAUGCGCAAAUCGGACUGUGUGGCCCAGCCGUGAGCACAUUUAUUACAAUGAGUCGCAAAAGCAAAAAAUCUUUCAGAACAAAGGAAAUGUUGAGUAAAUCGAUCAUUCCUCCCGAUUACGAUCCGAACAACCCACUUGACUUUGCUCCAGAUCCACAUUUUCUGUUCCCGAGCGAAGAUGACUGGAAAAAGCGUCUCAAAAACAAUUGCAGCAGUCGCGAGGAGAUUUUCAUUAACUUUCGUCCGUUCUGGAUCAACAAAACCAACGAAGACGUCCUUCCGAAGAGCCGACUUCUGGUUCAGUCUCAACUUCUGGCUCAGUAUCAUGCGAACAACUCGAUGUUUCUGAAGGAACUCCCCAAAAGAACGUUCUACGAUCCGCUGAAGGAGCCAUUGGAGAAACUGCAGGCAGUUGACAAGUUGAUUGGAGUGGAUCCGGCGGAGAUGGCAAAGAAGAAUCAGAUUGACAGAAUCACCUCGAACACAUUCUACGCUACAUUGCACUUGCAAAUGUAUAGAGAAAGUGCCGAGGGAAAAAAGAAGAUGGUGAGUGAAUUGUGGAGUGUUUGGGAAGAAACAAUCUCGAAUUCAGGAAGACUGCAAACGAAAACUUUCGAUCGCUGGCGCCAAGGAACAACGAUCAACGAACACGGAGGAGAAGAAGAGCAGCCAGCCGAAGUUGUCGUGGAACAUUCCCGAAAAGUACUUGCUCAACAUCUACAAUCGGUCAGCGUGGCACCGUUUGUCUCUCAUUACACUCGACGGUUUUCAGAAAGGAUCGUCCGUUACCAGGCGGAUCUCGGAAGUGGUUGCAGUCAGAAUACGUGGCCGGGAUGGUGAAGAAGCCUGCAAAGAAGGGAGAUAGGCAGCCGAAAGUGGAGAACAAGAAGGCUUGA